AUGGUCAAGAUCCCAAAUAUAUUUGAACGAUUAUCACUGCGUAGAAAAGACUAAAAAUACUCUGAGGAAGAAUUUAGACAGUCGAGACUCCAAGAACAGAUGAUUUUAAUCAAGCCUCUUUAUGAAAUUAGUAUUUAUGGGACCUUACCUUUGACAUUUCACAGGGCUUUCAUUGAGGAGUACCGUGGAUUUUAUCACAAUUAUAUUAUGACUUAAAGUGUCCUUAUGGUAUUUUUUGUUCUCUAUAUACUUGGUAGGUACUCACCAAGACAUUAUGAUGCGGUUAAUAUAACUUUGUGCUUUACUUUAUCUUAUUUAUAUUCAAAAAAAGUUACUUCACAAUCUCCAGAUAAAUUUAUUCCAAAUACUGUUUUGGUUCUACAGAUGUUUCAAAAUUUAUUUGUUGGGUUGUAUUCAACACUUGAAUGGUAUCAAAUUUCAUUGGUUCAGCUUUUAAUUUAUAUUGGCUAUAUAAUUUCUUGGUCAUUGAAGUAUGGCUUAUUCAAUUUACCAACAGACCUUUUUGUUCACUUCAGUUUUUGCUAUGCUCUUUUAGUAAGUCUUGUUAGAAAAAAAGAGAUAAAUGAUCGAAGAAACUUUAAGCUCUGGAAAAAAUUGAAUAAAUAUAAAGAAAAACUUCAUAAGAUAUUAUUUCUAUUGCACGAAGGUGUACUAAUUAUAAACGCUAAGGAAAAGUGUGAUAGAAUCAUUUACCAUAAUAAAGCAUUAGUGUAAAUAUUUAUGGGAGAAUCAUAUAAACUUCACAACUAAUCACAUAAAUACUCAUUUGAUUUUUUGAAUUCAGAUUAGGAUAACAAUAAUUAAAACAGUAGCAAUAAUAAGAAGUAAGAUUAGAAUGAUUAGCAAUACAUGACAUUGAAUGAUUUAGGAAUCGGAAUUUCAAUUCAAGAGGAGUUCAAUUAAUAAAAAAAGAUCAAUUAAUCUCUCUCUAGUUUUAUUGAAAAGAUAAGAAAGAAUAUAAGCAAGUCUUCUGAACAAUAAAAGUUCUACAUUAAAUUAUAGCCUAAUAACAUUUCUAUUGAAAUAAAUGUUGUUUCAUUUGAGCAAGAUUCAUAGAUUCUUCUUCUAUUCAAAGAGAUAGGUGCCUUUAAGAAACUUUAAAAAUCUAAGACUAGAGAAUAAUUCACCAAUGUAUUCAUUAACUCAACUGCUCAUAACAUAUUCACACCUAUUAAUGGAAUGAUUGGAGUUUAGUAAUUACUAGAGAGAACAGUGUCUAAUAAUCAAGAAGCAAUGUAGUAUUGUCAUUUGAUGAGCAACUGCCUACAUAAUCUAAUUUUCAAUACUAAGAAUAUUAUAGAACUUUCUAAAAUUCGGCUAAAGAAGUCUGUUUAGAAAAUAGAUGAAAUUAGGCUCAAUGUUGUUCUUGACGAAAUAGUUCACUUAUUUAACUAAGAAAUAGCUAUGAAGAAGAUUAAGAUUAACAAGUCAAUUUAAAGCUUAAUACUCAAUAACAAUCUACUCAUUGACCAUGAAAAACUAUAAUUAGUUCUCUUCAACAUUUUAAGCAAUGCCUUUAAGUAUACUUAAUCAGGAUUCAUAGUACUGACUGCUAAAAUAAUGUCAUAUAGGGAAUUAUAACUGAAAAUAGAAGAUGAUUGCGAGGAGAGUUAAGAUCAAAUAACAAAUCAAGUAAAUGAUGAACCUAAUACUACACAAUAACUUAUUCAAUCUACUCCUAGUAGUCAAAAACUAGAUGAUUAUCGACAGAAAUGUAUCUAAUCAAUUCUUAACAAUGGUUGUGUGGGCAUGUAAUACCUAUCCUUUAGCGUUAUUGACACAGGAGUAGGAAUGGACUAAAAUAAUACAAGAUAAUUAUUUAAUCUCUUUGGCAAAGUAAAGCUCUCAGAUGAGCAAAUUAGUCAGUCUGGAAUAGGAUUAGGAUUGACAGUUUCAAACUUAAUAUGUGAAGAUCUUGGUGGGAAAUUAUUCCUUGAAUGGACAUUGCCUGGCAAAGGCUCUAAAUUCUAAUUAUAUCUUCCUGUACAAAUAAACAACGAUCAGAGUAGUCAAAGUUUAUAUUUCAAUCAGUCAUUUUCAGAAGAGGUCAAAAGAGAUACUAAUACUGUAAGAUAGAAUUGGAAAUUCAAAGAUAAUCUAGAGAUAUCUGAAAUUGAUGAUCCAGUUCCAUAAAAAAUGAGAUCAGAGUAUUAGGAAGAAUUAUAGCCAAUAUCUUAAAGGGGUUUUCACAAAAAAUAGCAAUCAGCCAAUUUAAUUCCCUUACAUCAGUUUAAAAUCAAGAGUAGAAUUUAAACAAGAGAACUUAUUGAAGAAGAAUAUAGCUCUAUUUUAGUAGUAGAUGAUUGCGCCUUUAAUAUUGACAUUCUUUAGAUGAUGCUUAACUAGCUUUUUUCAUUAAGAAUAGACUAUGCUAUGUCUGGACAAGAUGCUUUAAAGAAGGUAAAGUCUCGAUUAUAUUAGCAUCAGACAGAUAGCAGAAUAUAGAUGUAUAAACUGAUAAUAAUGGAUAUUAAUAUGCCUGUAAUGGAUGGAGUUGAAGCAACCAAAAGUAUCAAAUAAGAACUCUUAAUUUUUAACUAGUAUACAAAGAUAGUAGCUCAUACUGCGAUGCCAGAGGAAUAAUUUCGCACUAAUGCAGAACGAUGGUUUGAUGGGUUUUUACCUAAACCUCUUAACUCUAAUAAACUCCAUGAAAUGCUAAUUGAUGCUAAGAUUAAAUGA